AUGUCAGGCCGAGAUAGAGAUAUUGGAAGAAAAUGGGAGUGUGGAUCAGCAAAACGGAAAAGAAAAGCUGAGAGAACUGCAACCAACCAGGUGUUGAGUUCCAAUAUGAUGAAGUUCCUCAACCAAACUGCAACUGAACCUUCUGAAUCGAUACCUUCUACACAACAAGCGUCCGAGAUUCUCUUGAAAAAUGCUACAUCAUCUUCUCCAGCUUCUAUGCCAUCAUCUUCUAGCCAAGCAAAAUUUGACGCGGAAACUCUUAUGCUGUCGUCAAACAAUCAAGUUAAUUCGGAUCCGGAACAUUUUAUGCGAUUUCUAGAUGUUACUGAGACAACUGGAGAAUAUUUAGCCAAUGCUAUACUGGAGCACCUACAAAAUACGACUUAA